UGUAUGUUGAGAUGGAUGAGGUCUGACUACUACUUUUUCUCAUUCGAUGCCCUAGCGCCUGCGACGAACAAGCAGAGAGAGCCGUCACUCCCACUGUUGCAGGUGAUAUGCUCGUCAAACUAUUUCUUUCCCGUUCGAUUCAGCUUUCUGUUCCUGCAUUGUUCUCUUUAAUGAUCUUGGUGAGCCAUGGUUUUUAGUAGUAGGUAGGGGCAGUAAGGGAGUUAGUUUACCAAAAUAAUGUGGCAUGAGAAGCAAAACAUGAUAUUCCCAGGUCAAGUAACGGGUCCUUCUGGGCCUCAGGUUACUCAUUUGAAGAACAUGUUACACCCAAUUCCUUCAGGUGUUCCUGAUACGAAUUUUCUUCCUGAAUCAGGAAAAAAAAGGAAAGCAACUACACUGGAUCAACAAGGGAACAGAGUUUUGGAUUAUUACUUACCUAUAGGAUCAGGUCCAAAGCCUAAGCUCGAUGUAGUUUCAGAGGUAAAUGUGCAUAAGAAUGCUGUGGAAAUGUUUUCAAAUCAGACUCCCCAAGAGCAUAAUGUUAGAUUAGAACAAUUUCGAAACUACCAAGUCCAUGAUCCGAGUAAACUUUCAGCAAGUUGGCAGAUUAAUGAUGCAAACUUUGCAAAUUCUGCUGUUGAAAAAGUGAAUAGUACAUCUUCCAUGUUACUACCUCAAUCCUUCUGUCAUAGUGGACCUUCUCCACUGCUGAAGUCAUCACUUGGAGAUUUUCCAGAAACUGGUUGGAGACCCCCAACAUAUAGUACAUUCAAUCCAGCUGAAGUCCCUAACUUUUCAUCAUACUUGAACCCAAAUGACGCAUGUAUGGGGAAGGCUACAUUUGGUCCUGCUUUGAUGGAUGAAGCAAACAAUGUUCAUGGGAAUCCUGUUACUUCAGGUAAUUUGACAUUGGAAAAACACCAAAUGUCCUCUGCAAAUAUGGGACCCUUGCGAAUGUCAGAGAAGAGCUUCAUUAAGGAUGACAAACUUGCUCAUUUUGUAAAUUUUGAUGGAAAAACUGUUGGGCAGGAUGUCACUAAAUUUGAGACUCCCAUGGAGAUGAAACAGAGUUGUCAAUCUCCAGACAUGGCAGAUAUCAAAGACGGCCCAAGCAAUGGAGCAGUCUCGGUAGAAACUUCUUUGUGCACUGAUAGAAAGGAAAGUGACAGGUCUUAUCAAAAUUCCCAAACUGAAGUAAGAUCAGAUACUGCCCCUUCAAAUAUGGGUUUGGAUGCUAAGGUGAAGGGUAAAGAUCAAGAUCUGGGAGAUUACCAUAUCAAAAAUAUAAGCAAAACAGAAGGACCAAGCAUGGACAUUGCAAAAUAUUCUUCUGGGGAAAAAGUUCCACCUGAAAAUGCUGGUUGUCCUGCCAAAACUCAUGUUGGCCCUGAACAUGAAUAUGAUCGACACAGUGGCUCUCCUAACUUGGGAGGAAGUAAGUCAAAUGCUGGAAAAGUAGCUACUACAAAUGCUGAAAAGCUCUGGGAUGGGUCCAUUCGGCUAAAUGCAUCUGUAAAUGUGUCAGCAGUUGCCUUCUUUAAAAGUGGUGAGAAGAUGCCAGAGGUCAACUGGUCUGAAUCUGUAGAAGUUAAAGGAAAAGUAAGAUUAGAGGCUUUUGAAAAAUUUAUCCAAGAACUUCCUCGUUCACGCAACCGUGGCUUGAUGGUAAUCUCACUUUGCUGGAAAGUUGGGUCUUCCAAAGCUGGACUCAAGGGCAUGAAGGAGGUUGCAAAAGGUUAUAAAGAAAGGGCGAGAGUAGGGUUUGCACAACUGUCUCCAGGUAUUGAUCUUUAUGUUUGUCCUCGAAGCGACACCAUAAUCACGAUACUUGCAAAAUAUGGCUUCUUCAAGGGCAUGGCAGCAGUUGAAGAUGACCAAGAUUCGUUAAUUGGCUGCGUUGUUUGGCGAAAAAACCGCAUAUCUUCAAAUUCUGUUUCAAAGAAGUCUGAGAAAAAGAAUGCUUCCUUGCCAGAAAAACCUAUUAAUUCCCCUUCGGACUCUCAGAAAACUGCAGAAGUAACUCAAAUAAUUUCUCCCACACAACCAUCUGAGGGUUCGAAACCUGGUUGUGAAACAGUGCCCUCAGCUACUGAGAGUUCUGGAAACAUGGGUAGUAAGAACAGGAUCGUCCAGUCUAGCAUGGUUCAUGUCAAAUCUGGUAGUCCAAUGUCCACUCCCACCCAAAAUAACACUCCCAUUUCAGUGGGAUCCCAAGCUGCUUCACAUGCUGAAGCAAGAUCUCCUCAGGGUCCUAUGGAACAGUCAAUGGAAGUUGAAAUUCCCCCCAGGUGUAGCUCAAAACCUGAAAAACCUGAUUCAAGUUCAAAACCUCUGAGACAUAUUCCUCCCAUUCCAUCUCAAAAAGUGAAACAGAUUCCCCUUGCUCCUCCUGAUGAUGAUGAUCUUCCUGAAUUUGACUUCAGAACCACAAGUGUGGUUUCUCAAACUCCACCCAAGUCUCUCUUGUCCUGUAACAGUGUUAAUGUUUUAGAUGCCAUUCAACUUGUCAAAAAACUGUCUGCAGAAGGAAUCAGGAAUAUUGAUGGGUCCAUGCUACAAAAACUGCCUGUACAGCCAAAGUCAGUUACCAGCCACCAAGGACCACAAAACCCAGCUUUCCCAGGAAUUAAAUUGGAUACCAACCAAGGAUCCCAACCAAAAAGAGUUGGAGAUCAUGAACCACAGAUGCCAUUGUUACAUCACAUAAAGGGAAAGCCGGUUGAGCAUAGCAAUGAGGUACCAAAACCAGCUAAUUUUGCAGCAAUUUUCCCACAAAAAAACCUUUGGAAUGAUGAUGAUAUGCCUGAAUGGUGUCCCCCAGAUCUAGAGCAUGAGAACCGAUCACCACCAGUUGCCAGUAUUAGACCCUCAAUCCCCAAUAUCCGGUGUUCAGUUCCCAAUCCACCAUUGGGAAAGGUACCACCAGUUCCACCUCUGCCACUUAUCCCUUCAACAUCUCAAGUUCUAAAUCAUCCACUACCACAUCUCCAAGGAUCAAUUGGUGGGUUUCCACAUUGUCCCGUAACUAUCACAGUGAAGCCAGCACAACCAAGAUCUGUUGGAUUUAAUCAGAGAUGUCCAAGUUCUUCAUUUGUUCUCAAUCCUAACCCCUCUUUGAGACCAGGGUCCAAUCCGUUUGAUGUGCAACGUUCUACUGGAUCUCCUGGUUGGAGAGGUUGGAGGCGGCCUUGACAUUUUCUCAUGGGGGAAGGGAGGCAGAGUGGUUAUCUGAGGGCUAAGCAAAGUCGGAUAUAAGUGGCGGUCUUAGGCCAACAGGUAUUCUAGAUCAUUAACUUGUAGAAACAGUGAUCCCCAAUAUACAUGAGAUUUUCAAGAGGAUGAAGUGUUUUAUGUGGAAAUCUCACUCUGUACAUAAAGGCAUCAAGUUGACUAAAACUCGUGAGAUUUAAGGGUUA